GGACGCACCAGUCGCCGUGGAGACCGCCGGAGCGCCGCAGUUUUCGCGCGGGGCGGGUGUUGUCGUUGUCGCGUCGCAACUUUCGCGCGACCACGAGAGAGAAGUUGGAGUUACCGCGGGGGGAAGCUUGUCGUGCACGGAGGACCGCGCGAAAAUGCCGCCGAAGAAGCGGGAAAAGGAUCUCGAUGGGCAGAAGGGACCUCGUAUGGACCAGAUCCAGGCUGACCACGAGCUCUUUCUGCAGGCCUUCGAAAAACCAACACAGAUUUACCGGUUCCUCCGCACAAGAAAUCAAAUUUCACCAAUAUUUCUAUAUCGAAACUUAACGUAUAUGCGGCAACGUAUGUCCAGAAGUCACAAGUCACGACGAGGGUUUAAGGUCGAUACGAUUCUGGAUAAAUUAACAGCGAAAAAGAAGCAUGAUAAUUUCGGUGUUCGCGGAUACAUGACUCUUACGUUUUUAGGAUUUUAUGACAAAAAAGCUGAAAUAUCGCAGGAUCCUGUCAAAGUGGAAACAUUGUUGUUGAAAAUUUGCCACAAGAAAAGGAAAGAUGUUAGCUCACCUGUCAUGCAAGUUUCAGUCGGUACAAGCGAGGUCCCAAUCAAUCCUUCUGAGAGUCAACCUCCACCGAAGGCAUCCACGAUUUCCAUACCCAAUGAAUCUUUCUGCUUAAAUAAUGGUCACAUAGCAAAGACUUAUAUGCUUUUGCUCAGGGUUUACUGCAUGUCUAACAAUGGCUGCCUUAUAACUAACUGUGAUUUAGAAGAACCAGCUCAAAAGCGUCGUAAAUCGUCAACGGGUAUGAUAAAGGUCAAUGGCGAAGAAGUGAAACAAUAUGGUUCGGAGCUUACCGUGUACGAUAAGCACAAUCGAUGCCUGUUGACGGACGGCGAGUAUGAGUUAGGUUUGCAGGAAGUACAGACCAAUGUUAGGUCCAGUCCCAAGAAACACAGCUCUUGGGAAACUGUGGCCGACAUCAAAGACUGCGAACCGUUCGACAUGUUUAGGCAAGGACCGACGUUAAAGUUUCGGCUCAGUUGGACGACGGAACCGAGCAACGGUCUGGUGGAUAGACCGAUGCCGAUACCUCAGAUACCGAGCGGUGACAAUAAAGAGAAUCGGUCGGCCAAUGCUGGUUUUGAACGUUCCUCUUCCGUAAAUCACAAUAAUAAUAGCACAAAUAAUAAUAAUAAUAAUAACGCGACACUGCCAACGCCUAGUCCGCUAACGCCCUCGUCGAGAAUGAGCAUCUCCAACGAGAAGGUGGACACUAAUGCUAACGGAACUCAACAGAUAGUCUAUCAAUUUUUGUACAACAAUAACAGCCGGCAGCAAACGGAGGCCUGCGAAGACCUACACUGCCCCUGGUGCUCGUUGGAUUGCGGCAAAUUGUACUCGCUUCUAAAGCACUUGAAAUUGUGUCAUUCACGAUUCACAUUCACAUACGUGCCAAUUCCACAAGGUGCCCGAAUUGAUGUAGCAAUAAACGAAUGCUAUGAUGGACCAACCAGACGUACGAGCGUGACGAAUAUCCUGGUGUGCCGUCCGAAGAGAACGAAACCAAGUCUGUCCGAGUUUCUGGAACUUGACGAGAAUGAGUUUGAAAGUCAAAGGCCUUAUAUCACCGGCCACAAUAGACUGUAUCAUCAUACUGUGACCUGCCUGCCUAUAUAUCCCAAAGAGAUGGAUAUCGAUUCGGAGGGUGAGAAUGAUCCUAAGUGGCUGCAAACAAAGACAAUGAUGAUGAUCGAUGACUUUACGGAUGUGAACGAGGGCGAGAAAGAGUUAAUGAAAAUGUGGAACCUGCAUGUGAUGAAGCAUGGAUAUGUGGGAGACUGCCAGAUACCACUAGCUUGCCAAAUGUUCUUAGAGAAUAAGGGGAAGGAGUUGCUCAUGAAGAACCUCUAUCGCAACUUCGUAUUGCAUAUGUGCAGUCUGUUUGAUUUUGGGCUAAUCAGUCCGGUGAUAUUAUAUCAGACCAUACAGAAGUUGCAAGAAAUCAUGAAGGAGGGCGGUGAAGACGGGGACGUACGUAAGGUGCUGCAAAAAUCACACGAGGCUCAAGUGGAGCAUUGGAAGGCUACGAGUGCACAUACACAAUUGGUACAUGACGGGUCCAAAGCUGCUGGUAUAACGAGUGGUGCUAAGCUCAACUUCGGCAAUGACGGUUCCUCGAGCACUUCGUCGAACGCCAGGCGAAAAACGACAACCGCCUCCAUGCCAUUGGGCUCGCCCAACUCGCAAAACGUCAAGAACGCAAUGCAUAACAAUAUGCACAACGUCAGUACAAUCCCGUUGUCGGUGUAUGCAUCCCGCCCUUCUAGCAUUCUCUGGGGGUCCAAUUCUCUCCGACGCGGAGCAUCGUAAGCAAGAUUGUGCCCAACGGUGUGUCCAAUUAGAAAGUACAAGCACGUCAUCGAGCAGGCGGUCGAACGAUCUAUUGGCAAAAGUACAAACUGUAGUGCAAGUGACAAGAAGCAGCAGCGUGACGCGUUCCUGCUGCGCCGGAUAUUCGAUACAAGCCGGCGAGAAUGCUAGUACUAUCGAAUACCACCAGCGAAAAUUGGUCCUGGACGUGAUACUGGCGACGAACAACAAUAGCCGCAUCGCCGCAUCCGCUAGCCAGAAACCGUCCUCGAACGGAGGUAGCUUCCACUAGCUACUUAUCAAUAGUAGUAAGAUCGAUUUCGCACGUUUUUAAUGCAAAUUGCAUCUUCUUUUUUUGUACAGUAUUUGUUGCAAGUAAUAUAGAUUAUGCAAUUGACAUUUAAAUAAACCGGAUAAUUAUUGUUUUAGCUGUUAGAUCGAUUUUUGAGAUUUAAUUUAAAAAUUAUGCGAAUAAUUAUUACAAAUUGAGAAGAGAGAUAAAUAGAUAAAGAGGAUAUCAGAUAAACGAUUUUAUUCUGCUCGCCUCUGUGUCGAUGAUACCGAUCGCGAACAAUAAAACACGAUACAAACAUGCUAAUUUUAUCAUACUUAUUCUUCAUUUCUUUUUUUCUAGUCAGUGGCGUUUUUAUUAAUUAUUUCACCUUUUUUAAAGCUUUUAUCUUACGCAAUAUUUCCGAUAAGUUCUGGUAUAUCUGCACAACUGAUUUGUAAAAUUCAUAAUGAUCCAGAAGCAGCUAUUCCAGAAUUAAUGCAAAAUUUUCUCACGCAUAAUUUCGCAUUAUAAUUGAAAAGAAGAGAACAAAUGAUGUCAAGUUUUGAAUAUUAAUUUCUAAAGAUAACUUUAAAUGAAUAAAGCAUGAAAAAGAAUUUCUAGUUCUACAUUCUGCUUGCGAGGUAACUCGCCAUCAUGGAACAUCUUUCUAUAUUUGAUAAAUUAUUCUUUUAUAUAGCGAAGCGCAUACUUUACAAGCGAAUUGAUCUCGUAGCUGAAAUUUAUGAACUUUUUA